AUGGACGUCUCAACCGACUUCCCUUCCCUACCGUCUCAUGCUCCAAAAUGGAACCAAUCUAUUGGUGUGGGUAGUGCACUACUUGCCACCUUGGCUCUGGGCUUCACUGAAGCUUGUCUAAAGCUUAAGCAGCGUCCUAUUCCGCUUCGUUUUGCACUGCGAUUUGCAGUCGCCAAUGUGCUUCCUUCUGCUGUAUGGAAAUCUAUCCCUGCACACUACAUUGCCGCAGCGUCGGGUCUUCCACUUUCUGCUCUUAUACACGAUACAGCAUUUGCUAGUUCGCACACUGUAGCUGUAGGAAAGCGGUUGAUACUCAUAAAGUCUAUACAAACUUUGCGCCUUGUAGCUGGAAGUUACGGACUUGCAUAUGGUCUUUGGCAUUGGCACGAAGCUGCAGAUACUGACAAUGACAUGAAAGAUAGUAGAAAAACUCGAGAGAAUAUUGUGCGUCUUGCACCUGCUACUUCAGCUCUUUCUAAAGUGUCAAGACGAAAACAUGGCGAUCAUAUUUUAAUUGUUCCGACCGGUACAAGUAAUUCAAUCGACGUAAACUGGAAUAAUAUUGGGAUCCAAGUCACAGAUGCUGGGAAUAGAAUGAAGUUGAUUGAAGUGGAGCUAAGUGAUGGCAAAAUGGCAGCGUAUGUUAAGCGAUUAAAGACCGAGGCGAUGAAGGAAGGAGAAUCUGUAUGCACCGUGGCAGUAUUACCACUUGGUGGCCCACCAAUGCCUCCAACUCUAGUGAAUUCAUUUGAUGUACAUUUCAAUCCAUUAUCCGCGAUACUUACCUAUAUCGCUUCAGUUUGCCAUGAACGUGGGGUUACACAUGUGAUUCUAUCUCCAAGUCCAAUUGAACGAAGUAAAAUUAUGAAAGCUGAUACUAUGAACGAAAAGAGCUUGGAACGGCAUCUCUCAGCGUCGGAAUUGGCAACAGGCUUGUUAAAUAAACACGGAAUCACAACUAGCAUAUGGACUUCACAGCAGCUGAUGGAGAGGCAGACCACAAAAAAUAUGACACGAGGUCUUAUGGAUCGCGAGCUUGUUUUCUUUAUCGCACACGAUUAUGAAACUGGAUACGCAGCGACGAAAAUGCGGGAAUCGGAAAACGCAUUUUUAAUCGUUGAAGAAAGUUUAGCUGGUCAAAGGGUGGCACACAAUAAACUACAAGCUGAAUCGUCAUUGCCAAAGAUGUCGAGUACGGACAUGAUCAAGCAACAAAGGAAAGUCAAGACGGAGAGCGAGCAACUUGUUGCGUCAAUCUUUUCUGUCGCCGAUGUGACGGAUCAAACGCUGCAGGGAAUCCGUGAUUUAUUGCGUCAAGGCAAAACGUCUGAUACAAUUCAAAGAGAGGUUUAUCGAGCUUUUGGACCUCAACGAGUUCCAGCACCACUUCGUCUCGACCAAUUUUCCAAUCUACACAUUUAG